AUGACGGCUUCACGCCGCCGUACAUCUUGUCAGCAGCAUCUCACUGCCGUCUUCUUGGAACGGCAUCUCACCGUCGUCUUCUCGUGGCAGCAUCACACUGCCAUUGCUAGCGCCGGACGGCAUCGCGCCGCCGCCGCACCGAGCGGCAUCGCACCGUCUCCUUCUUGUGGCGGCAUCACACCGCCGCCUUCUCCUCGCGGCAUCGCACCGCAGUCUUCUUGUCGCCGCAGCAUCACGCCGUGGCCUCCUCUUGACAUGGACGACGCCUUCGCGACGCCGGUCACCACGCUGUCUUGCCGCACGCAGCGACCACCUCUUGACGUGCAUGACACCUUCUCGACGCCGAUCAUCACGUCAGCUGAAUCUAGCGGGUUACAAACCAAUCCAAUGAAAGAGGAGACUCAGAUCACCAAACAACCAGAGAAACCACUUUACUUUGAUGACCAUGAAGUUCCAGAAGUAGAUUUUCUGCCUCUAAUUUAUCAAGUAAGGGCAAUGCUAAGAUCAAUGAAUGAUGGGGAGAUCAGCAUCUCAGCAUACGACACUGCUUGGGUUGCCCUAGUGCCAAGGCUAGAUGGUGGCGAUGGACCCCAAUUCAUGACGUCUGUCAAUUGGAUCAUCAACAACCAGCUACCUGACAACUCGUGGGGCGACGCGGCCUUGUUCUCUGCCUACGACCGAAUGAUGAACACUCUUGCUUGUGUUGUAGCACUAACAAAGUGGUCUCUUGAACCCAGCAAAUGCAAGAAAGGACUCUCAUUUCUUGAGGACAAUAUGUGGAGGUUAACGAAAGAAGAUCUAGAGCCAAUGCCCGUUGGUUUUGAGAUUGCAUUCCCUUCUCUCAUAGAAGCUGCUAGGAGCCUGGGGAUUGAAUUUCCAUAUGAACACAAUGCUUUGCAAAGCAUAUAUUAUAACCGAGAAGUGAAGCUUAAUUUGAUUCCAAAGGAUCUGAUGCACAACAUUCCGACAUCACUUCUAUAUAGUCUUGAAGGGAUGCUUGGAUUGGAUUGGCAAAAGCUCUUGAAGCUAAAAUCCUCUGACGGUUCCUUCUUGUGUUCUCCUUCAGCCACUGCUUAUGCUCUUAUGCAAACUGGUGACAACAAAUGCUUCGAGUAUAUCAGCAUGAUAGUCAAGAAAUUUAAUGGAGGCGUUCCCAAUGUUUACCCAGUUGAUCUUUUUGAGCACCUCUGGGCCGUUGAUCGAUUGGAGCGUCUUGGGAUCUCACGAUACUUUGAACGAGAGAUUGAAUAUUGCAUGGAUUAUGUCAAAAGGUAUUGGACAGAAGAAGGGAUAUGCUGGGCUAGAAAUUCAAAUGUAGCAGAUUUGGAUGACACAUCUAUGGCUUUCCGACUACUACGACUACAUGGAUAUGAUGUCUCCCCAAGUGUGUUUAAGCAUUUUGAGAAGGAUGGGGAGUUUUUUUGUUUAGUGGGACAAUCAACUCAGGCAAUCACUGGGAUGUAUAACAUGAAUAGGGCUGCUCAAAUAAGUUUUCCUGGAGAGGAUAUCUUGCAGCAUGCUAGGGCUUUCUCAUAUAAAUAUCUUAGAGAAAGAGAAGCCCAAGGCACAGUUUGUGAUAAAUGGAUCAUUUCUAAGGAUCUACCUGGUGAGGUACAAUACACGCUGGACUUUCCUUGGUAUGCAAACUUGCCACGUUUAGAAGCAAGAACCUAUCUGGAUCAAUAUGGUGGUAGUGAUGACGUAUGGAUCGGAAAGACAUUAUACAGGAUGCCACUUGUGAAUAAUAAUACCUAUCUUGAGUUGGCAAGACUUGAUUUCAAUAGUUGUCAAGUUCUACAUCAGCUUGAGUGGCAUGGUUUGCAAAAAUGGUUUACUAGGAGCGGGCUCAAGGUUUUUCAGGUGGCGCCAGAAGAUGUUUUAAGAACGUAUUUUUUAGCCGUUGCUAGCAUUUUCGAACCAAGCCGUGCCAAUGAGCGAUUUGCAUGGACCACAGUGUCAGUGCUUGCCAACACUAUUUCAACACACAUUCGUAGCAACUUUACGAGAAAGGAAAGGAUGGUACAAUUUUUACAGCAUGGCCCCCAUGAACAAAAUGAUGACCCAUCAUGGCUUAAAGGAAAUACAAAAGACGAUAUUCUUGCAAGUGCACUUCAACAACUUAUUGAUACUUUAGCACAAGAGGCACUACCUUCGCGCGAAGGACCAAACUACAUCCACAAUCUCUUACGAUGUGCUUGGAAUGAAUGGAUGAUCGAACAGAUAUACACUGAUGAUGACAAAUAUACAAAAUCUAGUGUUAUGCAACAAGGGUCGUGCGUGGUUAACGGAAAACAAACAUGUUUGCUUCUUGUUAAAGUUAUUGAGAUUUGUGCUGGACGAACUGGUGAAGUACAAUCCAUGAUAAACAAUGUGCAUGGCGCUCGGUUCAUUCAACUUGCAUCCUCUAUUUAUGACAAUCUUCACCAUAAGCAGUUACUUUCUCAGGAUACUGAUAAAAAGCAGGAAAUAAUAUACCGCAUUGAUGAGGAAGUUGAGUUUGAUAUGCAAGAACUUGCCCGAUAUCAUCUCCAGAGGUGCGAUGAUACAACCAGUAACAGGAAGACAAAGCAAACAUUCAUGGAUGUUGUGAAAACUUGCUACUACUCUGCUAAUUGCCCGCAACAUAUGGUUGAUAAGCAUGUCUCAAGAGUUAUUUUCGAGCCUAUUUCAUCGGCUAGGAGAUAUUUGACUGGAAGUUGUUGUUCCUAUUGUCUGGAAAAGAUGCGCGAAGCCACUAGGGAAAAGCCGCUCAUGGAAUGA